GAACGUGACGUUUGAGGGACGGAACCUGUCCUUCAGUGAGGACGGCUACCAGAUGCAUCCCAAACUGGUCAUCAUCCUACUGGACAAGAUGAGGCAGUGGGACAAGGUGGGGAAGUGGGAGAACGGCUCCCUGUCCAUGAAGUACCACGUCUGGCCUCGCUUUGAGAUCUACUCAGGGGCAGAGAGCCGGGAGGACGACCACCUUUCCAUCGUUACGCUGGAGGAGGCUCCGUUUGUCAUCGUGGAGGACGUUGACCCCCUCAGUGGCACGUGUAUGAGGAACACUGUGCCCUGCAGGAGACAGCUCCAAACAAUGCUAGCGGGAAAUAAAACCGUAGACUCUGGGAUCUAUAUCAAGCGCUGCUGUAAGGGAUUCUGCAUCGACAUCCUGAAGAAGAUCGCCAAGCACGUCAAGUUCACCUACGACCUCUACCUGGUGACCAAUGGAAAACACGGCAAGAAGAUCAACGGCACCUGGAACGGCAUGGUGGGAGAGGUGGAGACAAAAAAGGCCCACAUGGCGGUGGGCUCCCUCACCAUCAACAAGGAGAGGUCAGAGGUAAUUGACUUCUCGGUGCCCUUCAUUGAGACGGGCAUCAGCGUCAUGGUGUCCCGUAGCAACGGCACCGUCUCGCCCUCUGCCUUCCUCGAGCCCUUCAGUGCUGAUGUGUGGGUGAUGAUGUUCGUGAUGCUGCUGCUGGUGUCUGCGAUUGCUGUGUUUGUGUUUGAGUACCUCAGCCCUGUGGGCUACAACCGCUGUCUGGCUGACGGUAGAGAGCCUGGAGGACCCUCCUUCACCAUCGGCAAGGCCAUCUGGCUGCUGUGGGGUCUGGUCUUCAACAACUCUGUCCCAGUGCAGAACCCCAAGGGUUGGACCAGUAAGAUCAUGGUGUCGGUGUGGGCCUUCUUCGCUGUCAUCUUCCUGGCCUCCUACACAGCCAAUCUGGCAGCCUUCAUGAUCCAGGAGGAGUAUGUGGACCAGGUGUCUGGACUCAGCGACAAGAAGUUCCAGAGACCCAAUGACUUCUCCCCUCCGUUCCGGUUUGGGACGGUCCCUAACGGCAGCACGGAAAGGAACAUCAAGAACAACUACAAGGAGAUGCAUGGCUACAUGAUCAAGUUCCACCAGAAGAAUGUGGAUGAGGCCCUCUAUGGUCUGAAGACUGGUAAACUGGACGCCUUCAUCUACGAUGCAGCGGUGCUGAACUACAUGGCCGGGAGGGACGAGGGCUGUAAGCUGGUGACCAUCGGCAGUGGGAAGGUGUUUGCCUCCACGGGCUACGGCAUCGCCAUCCAGAAGGAGUCUGGCUGGAAGAGACACGUCGACCUGGCCAUCCUUCAGCUCUUUGGAGACGGUGACAUGGAGGAGCUGGAGGCCAUGUGGCUGACGGGGAUCUGCCACCAUGAGAAGAACGAGGUGAUGAGCAGCCAGCUGGACGUGGACAACAUGGCCGGCGUCUUCUACAUGCUGGGGGCGGCCAUGGCUCUGUCGCUCAUCACCUUCAUCGCCGAGCACGCCUUCUACUGGCAACUGCGCUUCUGCUUCAUGGGCUACUGCACGGGCAAGCCAGGCUUCGUCUUCUCCAUCAGCAGGGGCAUCUACAGCUGCAUCCACGGGGUUCAGAUCGAAGAGAAGAGCAGCUCAGCUCUCGACUCUCCAUCGGUCACCAUGAACAACACCCAAUCCAACAUCCUGCGUCUGCUCCGAACCGCUAAGAACAUGGCCUCCCUGUCCGGGGUUAACGGCUCACCUCACAGUGCCCUGGACUUUAUCCGCCGUGAGUCAUCCGUCUACGACAUCUCUGAGCACCGCCGCAGCCUGGCAGGUCACUCGGACUGCAAGCCCCCGUACAUGCCGGAGGAUAACAUGUUCAGCGACUACAUCAACGAGGUGGAGAGGACGUUCGGGAACCUCCACCUGAAGGACAGCAACCUGUACCAGGACCACUACCUGCACCACCAUGGAGGCUCUGCCCUGGGGCUCAGCGGCCCGCCACUUAACAGACCUCACAGCCUGGGCAGCAACAGCUCUCUGGAAGGGGGCAUGUUUGACUGUGACAGUUUAGGGGGAGGAGUGGCACCCAUCUUCACCACCCAGCCACGCUCUGCCCUGACCCACAGGAACAUGAGUAAGUUUGACCUGAUUGCCGGUCAGAACCCACCCUCCGGGCCGGGCUUCAAAUCGGGACUUUCAGACCUGUACGGAAAAUUCUCCUUCAAGGGAGGGGCCUCCAGCUCAGGUUACAUCCCCGGGCACGACAGGUACUGUGGGGGAGGGGGCAGAGAGGAUGACGGAAACAUUCGUUCAGACGUUUCAGACAUCUCCACUCACACGGUCACCUACGGGAACCUGGAGGGCAACGCUAAAAAGCGUAAGCAGUAUCGCGACAGCCUGAAAAAGAGGCCCGCCUCGGCCAAGUCGAGACGAGAGCUGGAUGAGAUUGAGCUGGGCUACCGGAGAAAGCCCUACCACACAGGCUACCACCACUACCACGGCCACCGCUCCUCCUCCCCGCCCCUACUGCCCUCCGAACGCAAGAGAGGAGGAGGGGGCAAUGCAGGGAGCACAUCCUACCUGUUCCGUGACAAAGAGAGUGUGAGGGAUUUCUAUUUGGACCAGUUCCGCCCCAAAGAUGGUGUCCCCCAAUGGGAACAUGUGGAUCUGACAGACGGUCCUGGAGGGGGGGGUGGAGGGGGCGGGGGGAACUGCACCAGUUUGGUGUCAGUGGACGACUUCCUGAAACAAAAUAAACCCAAGAAAUCAGAGUCUAAGAGUGGGGGAGGCACAUCAGGGGCGGGGUUGGCAGGAGGAGACUGGGAGUGUCGUAACUGCCGUGCCAGUGGAGGAGGGGGCAAGCAGAUGUCGAUGCAUGGCAGCGGGGCGGGGGAGAGGGGAGGCGGAUAUGGUGGAGGGGUUAGUUGUGGAUCCUCGGGGGGUGGAGGGAACAGCCGUCCCAGCUCUGCCACCUGCAUGCGCUGCGAGGGCUGCAAAAAGACAGGCAACCUGUACGACAUCAGUGAGGACAACAACCACCUCUUGGAACAGAUGGGGGGUGGGAAAGGCGGAGGCAUGGGGGCUGUGGGGUUAAGUGGAGGCGCCCAGCCUCAAUCUCAAGCCCAGCGUAGGAAGUCUGCCGGCUUUGGAAAGCCACUCCGACGGCAACACUCUUGCGACACCUUCGUAGACCUUCAGAAAGAGGAGGCAGUCGGAGUCAGGGGGGUCAUGGGGGAUCUAGGAGGGGGCAUGGGGGGUGUAGGAAUGGGCGGGAUGUUGCCUCCCCCCAGAAGUGUUAGCUUAAAAGAGAAGGAGCGCUAUAUGGAGGGUGUUAGCCCCUUUGCCCACAUAUUUGAGAGGCAUGGAGGCUCAGAGAGGGAGAAGGAGCGAGACAGAGACCCCCUGUUCUAUGGUGGUGAGAUGGCCAAAGAAGCAGGGUCGCCAUUCGGCUUGUUCCGAGGUGGUGAGGGCCUGCACCGCCGCUCAGUGGGGGAAAGGGACAUGAGGGACAGAGAAAGAGCCAUGAUGGAGGGCGGUGGAGGAGGAACCUACUCCUUAUCCAAAUCUCUCUACCCGGAUAGGGUCAACCAAAACCCCUUUAUUCCAACCUUUGGUGACGACCAGUGUCUCUUGCAUGGCGCCAAACAAUACUACAUGAAAAAGCAACAGCAGCAGCAGCAGAUGCCCCCCAAAAACAGCCGAAGUGACUUCCGGGGCUCUGUGGGUGUGACGUCUUUCUUGCCAGCGACUGCCACUGCUGGGGUCAUGUCCACCGUGGCCCCCAGGUUCCCUAUGGAGCUGUGUCUGGGAGGGAACCUCCACGGCUCCACGCUGGGUUUGGGGCCAAUACAGCGCCCGUUCAAUGGCAGCAACGGGCACGUGUACGAGAAACUCUCCAGCAUAGAGUCAGACGUGUGAGAGAGGAGACUGGGUGGGGAGGCAUGGAGGGAGGGAGGCAUGGCAUUAGUGCUGGGAAGUCAGGGAUGACGAGGCACCACUGUCCACAUUGCAACCACAAUACUUUUAACAAGGAAGGAGAACAGUCAGGGAAGAGAAGAUGAACGACAGAAUGGUAAAAAAAAGGUUUCGACAGAAAAGAGCAGGGUGAGUUAGAAGGAAAGAUGGGGACAUUCAAGCCCUGUUAUUUUGUUACAAAACAAUGAAUUCAAGAGGUGACACGUGGGUAGGGUUAUGUUAACUCUAUUAUUUAUUUGGCCGUUGCCAUCAACACACUCAAAAAGAACACAAAAUUGACACCUCUGAAUGUGAUAUUGCAGGUUUGAGCCAAAUGGCUUACAGAGUCACACCUAUAGAGUGAUUAUGAGAAGGGAAUGUGAGUGAGUAGGGAAGUGUCCAUCUGGUCAAGUGUUAUUAAAGAAAGGAGAUGUUGUCAUGACUCAUGUUGAUGAUAGCUCUAAGACUGAAAAUGAGUGGAAGACGAUGGCCGUGUUAACCCCCUGCACUAACUCUCCCUCUUUUUGCCUCUACAAUCUUAGAGAAAAUGAUUCCAAAAGGGUUAUUUGGCUGUCCCCAUAGGAGAAGCCUUUUUGUUUCCAGGUAGAAUCCUUUAUGGUUCCAGGUAGAACCCUUUUGGGUUCCAUAUAGAACCCUCUGUAGAACAGGUUCUACAUGGAACCCAAAAGGGUUCUACCUGGAACCUAAAGGGUUGUACCUGUAACCAAAAACGAUACUUCAAAGGGUUCUGCUAUGGGGACAGCCGAAGAAUCUUUUAAGGUUCUAAAUAGCACCUUUUUUCUAAGUGAGUUGUUCUGCUCCCUUACACCCCCCCUGCUCCCUUCUGCUCCCUCCCUUUGACUCUUUAUUGUUAUGAUAAUUCAAUCAUAAAUGAAAAUAAGAUAUUCUUACUGAAAUAACAGGGUAAAACAACAAUAAUGUUAUUAACAUUGUGAUUAACAAAAGUGAUAUUAUGAAGUGCUUAUGACAUUAGGUUUGGUUUAUGUUCCUUUGAUAUUUCAAUACGGUUUAAUAUUUGUGGUUAUUUCUUUGUCUGCCCGAUGGUGGCAGGAAGCUUGUUAUCUAAUUCAACUAACAAGCCUGAAGGACUGAGUGAAAAGUCAUUAGGUCUCUUGUUUUUGUUUUAAUGAUAUACAGUCCACGCUCAUUCAUUCAUUUGCUGUUUUUAAAAUUGUUACGGAAAGAUCUGGAAGGCAUCAUUUGCACAGUACUGAACGGUUCUUCUUUGUUUGAGGUUUCAAGAGAUGUCACAACCUGUUUCUGAACAGGUCAACAACUGUGAAAGACAUGUCUUGUCAUGAAGCAGAUGGCUGAAGAUACUGACUGAAGGACGAGCCUUAAAGGACUCCAGAUGAUGUGCACCCCAGAGAGCUCAGCGGGGCGUGAUGUAACAGCACGAUACGUAAUGAACAAGGUGUUAAGAUGUGUGCAAUAUCCCCUUGUCUUGAAGGGGAAACGCGCUACUCUGAAACCAAGUCAUUAUUUACAGGUGUGAGACUGAGAGACUGUGGUGUGUUUCAAGACAAUAACGUGUUUGAAUAACUAACACUUAACUUGAUGUGGACGUUAUUACACAGACAUUACAAUACCAUUGGAAGUGCUUCAUAAACCUGUCACAGGUCCAUACUAAAGAACACCACACAUACUGUCAGACUGCUGUGCCUCAUCUAACAAGCAUUUGAUCAACCCUUUUGGAUUCAGGUUCUUAGAAAACAGCCAGCAGCCUCCUAGGCUCACUUUUUAACACACCACUUAUCUCGUAAAACCCGUUGCGUUCACUCUCUGAAGUUAGGAAGGUCCAUACAGGCUUAUGAGACACGUUGAAGAAGCAUUUGUGAAUGCAGUUUUACUUCACGGCAGUCAGAGUGUUUUUAAUGUGUAUUAUAGGCGUAUGCUCUGUAAUUCUAAAUUGAACUCAAAUCCUCUUAAAAGAUGUUGUUGCCCAAAGGAGAUGGUAAUGGUAUUGAUGAACGGCUGAAUGUGAGUCGUGAGGAUGUCUCCAAAUGGGACAUUCCUCCUCAGACUGAGGCAGUUAGACGGAGGAUAUCCUGAGAAUGCUCACGCUGUCUGCUUUGACAGAUGUUGACAGUACUUUUAACCUAAGACCUGUAUAUUGCACUGACCCCCCCCCCCAGGUUCAGACUUUCAGAAAUACAUGCCUUAUCACAUGAAACUGACUGAUGACACAAGAUAUUGUACAGCAUACGAGCCUAUCAGUUAUUUAAAGUUUUGUCUUCAAUUAGUAUGAGGUGUCAUGAGUUCAAGGGCUGCAGGAAAUUGUGUUUCAGUGCUGAAUGGAGAUUGAAGGUGCUAAGGGAGUAGAUUGCGCCGAGUCAUUCCUACUUCCAAUAUGAUCAAACUGCACCGGUAAUAUGGAGGUGGAAGAUGGAGGGGAAAUGAUUGAGUGAUAACAGCUGUUUUCCUAGACCUGCUGAUAAUCUAUUCAUUUAUUCAGUACCCACUUCUCUCUCCAUACUCUUAAGAUAAAACCCAUCAAGUUAGCCUUAAAUCAAACUGAGUCAACACCCCCUGUGAAUUACUUCACAAAUGGAUGGGUAUCUUUGCACAUGUUUUGGAUGGUCGUCCAGAGAGGAAGGUUUGAAGAAGCAACGGAAAGGAAGAGGAAGAAAUAAGAGAGAGGGAGAAAGAAAUGAGAGUUAUUAUCAAUCAGCAUUAGUAUGUUCUCUGUUCCCCUGUAAAUAUAUUUAACAACUAUUUUCCCUUUGUACAGUAGGCAGACAGUCAGGAUGUAACUUUCAAUAUGUUUUACAACAAUUUAAGAAAUAAACAAAAUGGUAAUAAAAACAUAAAAAUACACAAAAAAAUAUGCAAAAUAGUUAAGACAAAUAUGAUUAAUAAUGAUAAGUGAUAUGAUUGAACCUAUUAUUUGCUUUAAAUCUCAUGUUUACUUAAUUACAAAAGUUCACCAGUAAAUAUAAUUAUUAUUUUAAGAAUAUGCUUUUGCUCAUUUUCAGUAAAGUGUUGGAAAUUGAGGAUAAUUUAGUGUAGACGUUUGGUGAUAAGGGGGAAAGUUUCGUUUACGAGUCUUUGCUAAGUUUCCCUUGAAUUGUGUUAGAUUCUUUUUUAAGAUAGGCUACUCUUCAUGCUUUACGGGAUACACACAAUUAUCUAUACAUUUAUGUAAUACAGUAUCACAUGUAUACAUACCAGUAGAUGGCUUUUGCAUAUAGAGACUGUAUAUUGUGAUCCUUCAUUUAAGCAAUCCUCAUUAAUUAAGUAAUUGAGUGCAAGAUCAUUUGUGUUAUGUUGCCCUUUAUUCAACUGGGAUCUGAUGCCGACUGCACUGGUGUUGAUAGAGCCUACACUACGCAGGACUGACUCUUCCUCCUCAUUCUGUGUAUCUUUAAUAAGGAUAAUACUGAUAUCUUCAGUGAUGUCAGUAGCACUGGGCACAAAACAUUGGACAUUUCCCAGUGUUGCUCUCAUAAUAACAGAGGAUGGUGGUGCAGAUGGGGUCCAAAGGAAGUGGUUAGCUUCAUCACAGUGAAGAAUCCAUCUGAAAUGGAAAUGCAGUUUUGCAACCCUUUAUAGAAUGAUGAAAUGUUUCUCAUCCAUGUCACCUAAACAUAAUGUGCAGAUGGUUAGAAAUGAAGGGUGAAUCAAGUAAGUCAAGGCAAUGAGUUGACAUCAUUAUGUUCAUUUGGGUUCUUGUCAGAGAAAUAAUUAUAUCCUUUGUGAUGUAUUUAUCCUUGAUCAAAUCUCCACUGUGUGUCAAACUGUUUGGUAUGCAUGCGUGAGGAGAUAUAUAUGUUGUCUAAGCCAUUUUUUUUAUUUAUCUGCUAGUUUUUGUCUGAACAUUAUUGCUUUCAAUAACUUUCAAUUAGUUUAUUUUCCAACUUUCUGGGAGAAAUAAUUUUAGCUUGACAUUUCUCAUUCAAAUGCAUUCAUGUCCAGAGGUUUUUUUUCUGACAAUUGAAUUGAAACUGUCUGGGUCUGCAUACUUUUUAUGCAACUCCUCAUGUUGAUUUUACUCAUCGCAAUAAACUGCAUGAUCCCUUGGAGUGUUUGUGUUGGAAUCUACUGGUGUGUUGAUUAGUCUUGAAUGAAGAACCCCUUUAAAUGUACAGGCCUAUAUUGUGAUAUGGAUGGUCAGGAACUCUUCUUGAAAAUGGCACACUGGUCUUAACCGUUUUUUUCACUGAUUGGACAGGGUGGAAUAAACUGAUACUGCUUAGUACAGGCUGUCGUACCCUUUACCACAACUACUCUACGGACAGCAAGUGAGAAACAGCAAGCAGUGUUUAUUUCCCCAAGGCCUUUUGGUCCCAGUCACACUCUGUGCACAAGCAUGUCUGUACACAUACACAUUUCUUUAAAUGGGAUAUGAAGCCAAAUGCAAUGUCACAUCAGCCAAAGCAAGGAAAUGCUCUGCCAUGGUAGUGGACUGUAGAACAGGCCGAUGCUAUUGGGUGGAUACUCCAGCUGGAACACAUUGAUCUAAUAUGAUAACAAACAUCACUACAUCUACAACACUGGUUUAUUCCUGUAUUUCAAAGUUGAAUAAACAACACUGGUUUCAUUAUGUUUUUAUUAUAAUAUUUUGCCUAUUGAUGAAAAGGACUUACAGUUUUUGAACUAUUUAAUUUGUAUAACAAUAUAAACGUUGAUAGUAAUCAUAUUACAAUUAUUACAUUGAGAACACAGUGAUUGGUUACAGGUCUAUUCUCACUGGAGUGCUUUGGACAAAUUAAAGAAAAAGUUCAUCUUAUGAAUAUUGCAGGGUUUUUGGAAUGGUUAACAUUGCAACUUUAUGCAUUUUUUGUUGCGCUCUCAUUUCUUGUAGAUUGAAUGAAAGUGGUGCACUGUGUGUGUUUGUGUGUGUAUGCUUGAAUGGUUGGUCAGUUGUGGUCGUGUGUUUAUUUCAGCAUAUAACAUGUACAACGGUUUGAUUUUCUUUUGUCUUCAUGAUUAAGAUUCAUAACAUGACAAAUGUUAUAGUAAUGUGGGUAACAUUGGUUAAGGGGUUGUUGCAAAAUGUAUUUUAUAAAAAAUAUUCAUUGCUGAGAGUGUGUACAGACAGCCUGCGUUUUAGGGCAAGUUUGUGAUCUUUCUUUACCGAAGCUGAAUAUCCUGAUUGAAUUAACCAUGAGUAGGUGAAAUGUAACAUGAAUAGUAUCAACUGUAUACAUGUUAUUGUAGGCCAUUAUUUUCUCUUUUUGUGGCCCUUUCUUUGAAGUGUUACACCAUUUUUACACCAUUAUACAAACAGAAAAGUAUAUACAAAUAAAGAAUUGUACAGAUUGUGUAAAUAUGAAUAUUGGAGAAAACAUUUAAACUCAUUCCUUCAUUUUUUUUGUAUGGAAAUGAUUAAAUUAACCACAAGAACAAAUUAAUAAAGUAAUUGGAUAUUUGCACAAAAAAAAUCAUCAUGGUACCUCUAAUAAGGAUAAUACUGAUAUCUUCAACGAUAAGUGCUAAAAUAUGACUUAUUUUUCUUUGUACGUGAUGAACAAAAAUGACGUGUUGAGUAUGAAUUAAAACAUGCCAAGUCUCACGGCUUUGGGGAUGAGUUUCUCUGCCCUUGUGUGCUCUGUACCCCCCCCCCCCUCAUUUUCUUCUUUUCCCUCCUGUCAUUUUGAAGAUUUGUCAUCUCCCCUGUACCCCCUCAAUCUUUCA